UCGGAACUUUAAAUGUUUGAAUCUCGUAAUAGAGCUUUAUCUCACAUGGCUUUAGCUGGGCGUAGGCCAUCGUUGCCCCCAUUUGACGGCUCAUGUUCCCACUUUUGUGGGGCGGUUUAUUAAGGUGGGCUGGCUCCAGAGUCCGGUAGUGCAGGGGGAGUGCAGGGGGAGUGAAGCGGAGUGCUCGAGAGUACCGACGAGGGGAGGACUGAGUGGAGUGUACGGUGGCUUACUGGACGCUUAUCAGCGAAACGCUCAGUUCAGCGAGUUGCAUUCAUUCAGUCCGCUGUCACCGGCCGAGCAGCAAUACUCGGAUCGAAUCGAAUCAAAUUAAGCUAGGUAUAAAUCGGAAUCGGAGCGGAAUGAGCCAUAACAACGUGAUCUGCACGAUCUGUUCGGAGCGGUAUCGCACCUCGGACAACAUACACGCCGGCAGAUGUGGACACGCGUUCCACGAGGAGUGCCUGGACCGCUGGAGGAAGCAAUCAAGAACUUGCCCCAUCUGCCGCUGCCAGGAUGCCGCGUACUUUCAGCUUUAUCUGGACUUCGAGGAGUCCCCGGAAAGUGCAUCGGCACGGGGUGGCAGUGGGGACGGCCAUAAUCGGAGUCAAGGUCAGAGUGCCUGCAGUCGCAGCAGCAGCGGCAGCGGCAGCAGCAACAACAACAGCAACAGCAACAACAACAACAACAACAGCAGUAUCAGCAGCAGCGAUUAUAUGGGAAUUAUGAGGGAGUACGAAAAUCUGCUUUACGAGACGGGUUUGUUCCAAGAAGAGAUCAAAUAUCUUAACCAGCGGAUCGAGGCCCUUACUGUCCGCAAUCCUGAACUCGGCAAUCAGCACGAAGAGUCGGAUUCGGAUGUUGAUUAAUAGCCGUAAACAAACAAACGAAAGAGUCGCCGUAAACAUUUGCUUAUCGUACUAUUCGCCAGGAAACCAGAUCUUUACCCAAUCGAAACUGAAUCUCAUCUCAAGUCAUUGGAAAACAGACAAGCAAAACUUAGAAGGCUGAGCAAAACAAAAGAACAACAAGAACAAUAUAUAUCGAUACGGCAGGGCAGUCCCUGUUAGCAAAUACAUAAUACAUAUACCAAACAAUAUAAUAAGAUAAGAAGCCCAAACACAAAUAAAUGGUUUACGACUGUAUCGCUGAAUCAA